AUGCCACGAGUCGAUUUCUUCACGCUAUUACCGGAUGCAUCGGCGGAUGCGGUUGAUUUAUUAGGUCAUAUGUUAGCGCUGGAUCCCGAUGACAGAAUCUCCGUAUCCGAAGCCCUUGAACAUGCAUAUGUGCGAGAUUGUCGUGAUCCUGAAGGAGAACCAGUGGCUGAUCAUCAAGUCGGCAUAGAUGCAGAAGAAGAGGCAGCGACAUCGCUUGACGACUGGAGAGGUCGUUUUUAG